CGUAAACAUUAGCAAGACGCGGCUGUUUACAAACAACUCGUCUCCCCGCGUCUGCUUGAACGGUGUUAAUUCUGCCCGGAGGAAACAAAAGACAAGAUGGAAAUUGAAAACGAUCGUCCGUAUUUCUUCGGAGACAUCGGCUGCUGGUCGGAGAGAACAGAGGUCCACAAGGCGGCGUCGCUCGGCCACACCUCACAGCUGGAGCACCUGAUCCAGAGCGGAGCCUCGGUCAAUGUCGUGGCGGUGGACUCCAUCACACCGCUGCAUGAGGCCUGCCUCCGCGGACAGACCCAGUGUGUCCAGCUGCUGCUGGACGCUGGAGCCCAGGUGGAUGCGAGGAACGUUGACGGGAGCACCCCGCUGUGUGAUGCCUGUUCGGCCGGCAGUCUGGAGUGUGUCAGGCUCUUGCUGGAUCACGGUGCCAAGACCAACCCUGCCCUCACCUCCCGCACCGCCUCGCCCCUCCACGAGGCCUGCAUGGAAGGAAACUCGGACUGUGUGAAGCUCCUGAUUGCCAUGGGUGCUUGUCUGGAGGCGUACGACCUUUACUACGGGACCCCGCUGCAUGCUGCUUGUGCCAACGAACACAAGGAGUGUGCGAAAGAGCUGCUCAAUGCAGGGGCUAAAGUGAAUGCUGCCAGGCUUCACGAGACGCCGCUGCACCACGCUGCUAAAAACAUGCAAGUUGAGAUGGUGGAGAUGUUGGUGGAGUUCGGGGCCAACAUCUACGCCAGGGAUCAGCACAACAAGAGACCAGUCGAUUACACCAAGCCGGGCUCUCCCUCUGCAACCUGCCUACAGUUUUAUGAGACCAACCCCAUGAAUCUGCAGCAGCUCAGCCGCUUGGCAUUGAGGGCGAAUCUGGGCACCAGAGGUCUGAAGGUCAUAGGUCAACUGAACGUACCAAAGCUCAUCAUCAGCUAUCUCUGCCAUCAGUGAGCGUCCCAUGAGAGGAGGAGUCGGGUCGCUGUUCACAGAAAAAUCUGAAAAAAGAAACACAGCCAAGGUGCCAAUGUAUGAGAUAUGAUAAUAGUAGACUCACAGUUUAGUGGUAAGCACAAUGCUUCUUUUUUAUCAAGUUCUGCAAGUAAAAUGUUACAAGUCAGAGAGGAGUAUUCUAGCUCCUCUGAAAUUGUUUAGGUGCAGAAGUAAGUUCAUCAUUGCGUUCACAUUUACGCCAACGUUUGGAUUUUAAAGUUACUACAAUGAAUUUUUAACCGGUUAUGAAACAGUCUUAAUUUAAUACCGACCAGGAAAUGUUAACCCUAAAAUACUGUCUCCUCAACAGCAUCAUUUUGAGGAAAAAGCUGCACUCACAACCACUCCCUGUGGUUCACUUUCAACGAUCACAGUCACUAGAUUGGGGUUGAUAGGCAUGUGUGAAGAUGAUUUAUUUAUUUUAGUUUGCAUUAGUUGUUGCAAAUAGAGGCACCAGUGUGUAAUCUUAAUGGGGAUAGUCUGGAGGUUUAGUAGUGUGGUUGUAUGAGGUACUUCUCCAUAGUCAGAGUAUUACUACAGUAGAUGGAGUUUGGAGAAACAAACAGGAGUACCAGAACAAGAGCAAAGUAAUGUUCUGCUGUGGAUGUAUUUAUGACACCUAAAAGAAUCAUUAUCAGUUUAUGUGUAGACUUUAUUUAGAAUAUUUUCACCUCUUUACCUUGCUGUCAGACCGACCUUUCUGACAGGGAACUGAAGCAGUUAGCUCUACUCUCUUCAAAGACACCAGACUCCUUUGAUAAAAACAGUCAUUUUAGCUAACAGAACACAGGAGCUGCUGGUCUGGGUUUGUGAUAUUCUGUGACUUUGGUGUUUUUAAAGGGUUCGUUCAGAUUCACCGAUGUCACACUGGUCCUCCUGUCUUUCCCGUGUCUAUACACUGGCUAUGGAGAAGCGCUUCAAACAACCCCACUUCUAAACAUCCAAACUAUCCCUUAAACUAUAAAUUGCAGCUAUAAAAGUCUUAAAUAGCAUUUCAAGUUAGUCAUUAAAUGAAAUAUUAUAUGUGACAUGCACUACAAGAGAAGAGUGUGCCUCUUAAUAUUUCUAAUAUAUUAUAUAGGUUUUUAUUUGAACUAGAGAACAAGUGUCAGAGCUCAGGGAGAGGGAUCAUAAUUUGCCCAACUAAAGGUUGCUGGAUUGAAUCCUGGAUUUGCCGGGAAAUAUGCACGCAUGUCACUAAACUCGCGGGCGUACUGUAAAUGCUGAGUAGCAGCCAAAAGGUGAAAUGACCAAGAGAUUGCAUACAUGCUCAGUCAACAGAAGGCCGUCUCCUUUUUAAUAUGUAACAUCCAGUCUGGAAUACCAAGCAGCGUUGCUGUCACAGCAGCACUCAGAGCGACUCUCUCCAGAUGCUGCGUCGCUCCGUCUCGGAUUCCUGAGAUUCUCACCCCGCGCCUCGGCGACGGCCUUCGUUUCAUCCACUUUGAGGAGACGAGAUCCUGGCUGCUCUAUUUAUAGCUCUGUUUCUGUUGCUCCACUAAAGCUGCUCAUAGAGACGAGCCAGAGAGCUCAGUCAGGUCUUGGUAUUUUUAGAAGGAGGUGCAGGAAGUUGUUCCACAAAGUGCUUUGGAUGCUUUGUCGACUCUCUUCUAAUUUGGCAUUGCCUGUUUUGGAAGUUUGUGAACUUAUCUGCAGAUGUUGAAUCCGGCCACUUUUAUGAUUUUUUUGGGUCAGGCACUGCAGUUGCCGUGGAGAUGGAACCUCUUUGUACAGGAAGUAGUGAACUUCAUUCUAAGUAUUCUCAGCCUUUGCUCAUAUCAUUAGGCCAGACCUUUACUUGAAGAAUGAUAUUGUCUCAUCAGCCUAAAUGAGAAACCGCUGCCUGCUGCUUUUGAGCAUGAGCACCAGAGACUUUCACCAGCCCAGUCGGCGAACUUCAGGUUAGCCUGAUGCUAACUUCAGAUUAGCUUGAUGCUAACUUCCGGUUAGCCAUAUGCAAGCUUAAAUAUGGAUUAAAUAAUCGUGCGCCCUUCUAGACUCUCCGGAUGUUAUCGGACCGAAUUUAAUCAAGGGCUGAUAAUGAAACAAGUUAUUUUGCAGCGGUUGUACCACUGAAAACAUAUACAAGGAAAAAAUAAAUAAAAAAUCAGCUGUAAGCUUUUAGAAUAAUUUACUGUGAUUAUAAUGCUAACAUACACUGAAGGUGCAUUACACGGUAUGAUCAAAUUGAUCUGUUUUUUCUUCUCUUUCCCUUUGUUCCCCCUCAGUAUGAAGUAUAAAACACCGUCCAUGUGUUGUUUACUGAGUUCACCCUUCAGGAUUUCUUGGGUUCCUGGUUUUCCAACCUUCUGCUUGUAUGUGGAUCUGCCAGCGGGCACCGUUAGCUUGUGCAGCUUUGAAGAGGCUGAUCGGUCAGCCCUCAUGGAGGACUGCACCUGCGUGUUUACUGUUUGUCUGACAGAUCCUUUACCAAGCAUUCAAAAGCAAUAUUUCACGCUCUCGGCCGUCAUCCAAACCUCUCAUUUCACCCCCUUCUCCCAGAACGUGCCCGGGCUGCACGAUGCUGGCUGCAAUACAGAGCCCGUCUGCUGCUACUCCAUAAAUUAUGCCGAGCCCUUACAGUUUGUUUAAUCGAAAAUGUCGAUUCCUGGAAACCAAUCUUCCAUCAUUGCUAGAGAUUUUGACUAGGUGUCAUGCUACAAAAAUGCAGUCUGGUUCAUCAUAAUCUUAGCUUGUAAAUAAUCUUGAAGCAAAGUUCUCUUCUUCUUCUUCCCGUGGAGCGUUCCUUUUAAGACUUAAAAUAUCUGACCCUGAUACAGAUGGGGUUUCUACUUACGGCUCCUGGACAGCAGGAGGGACCUGGAAAAGAAAGUAGAGGAGAGCAGGGCAGGCAUGCAGGGAAUAUCCAGUUAUCUAAGAUGAGAAAUGGUCCAUAUUCCAAAAUAGGAGCGUUGAACUUCAUGUCGAACAACAGAGCGUUUGGUCUGUUGUCUCGUCAGAUUGAACAGCCCUGUCCGUUCUCUCAGUUUGUUCUCAAGUGUUGUCAUAUUAAAGUAAAUAAUGUCAGGUUUAAUGUGCUCCGAUGUUUAAAACACUCUGAUUUAUGCUUUAAAGGUGCUACAAAAAAAACUGAGGAAUGAUCCCAAAAAUGUGUCAUCAAUAUUUAUCUUAUUAAACUGUACAGAA